CGAUCAACAAGUAACGUAUUUCCAAGUUUUUUAAAAAUCAUGGUGUCAAAGGCAGUCCUUGUGUUAGCGGCGUUCUGUCUCGUGCAGUGUUUAGUUGAAGUAGAAAGUUCUUUUAUAAAACCAAAUAACGUACCGCGGGUGGGCAGAAGUAGUGAAGCUGACGGUCCGUUCGAUCAGAGCAUGAUGGGUUACGUUAUCAAGACCAUUCCAAGCAAAAACAUUCCCAGGAUGGGUAGGAGGAAUUAUGACUCAGAAAACCGAUUCGAUAUUCCUAAACUUUAUCAAAUCCCAGAUGAAACAAGAGAAUAUUAUGAAGGUAAUGAUGCUAAAUUCACCCAAGAGCAAGAAGAUUUCUUCGGCAGUCAUUAAAUGAUUGUUACCAACAAGUUCAUCUUUUUUCAAUGUUGAAAUGAUUCUGAUCUAUGUUAUUAUUCUGUCUAGUCAUUAAUUAAUUCCCAUAAAGAAAUAA